AAGCACAGCUCUGUGCCUGAGACCUGUCCUCGCCCCUCCCCGAGUCACCCCGAAACCUGGGUGCGGUGUGGGCAGGGCUGAGAAGAGGGUUCCCCCAGUAGCCUGGCUCCCAGAGAUGUCGUCGCUACCGCUGUGGCCGCUGCUGCUGACCCUGCUCACUGUGGAGCCCUCGGGGGCCGCCACCCUGAUCCGGGUCCCGCUUCGCCGAGCCCACCUGCCACAGGGGAUCCUGAACCCACUUCGGGCCUGGGCACAGCCUGCAGGGCCUUCCGGGCUGGGGGUACCCCCCAACAGGGACAAUCCUGUCUUUGUGCCUCUCAACAAGUUAAUGAAUAUGCAGUAUUAUGGGGAAAUCGGCCUGGGAACGCCCCCGCAAAACUUCUCCGUCGUCUUUGACACUGGCUCUUCCAACCUCUGGGUCCCAUCCAAGAUGUGUCGCUUGUUCAGUGCGCCCUGCUGGUUCCACCACCGUUACGAUUCCAAAGCCUCCAGCUCCUUUCGGCCCAACGGGACGAAAUUCACCAUCCAAUACGGAACCGGACGGCUGAGCGGAAUCCUGAGUGAGGACAAACUGACCAUUGGGGGAAUCAACAAUGCAUCGGUGACUUUUGGGGAGGCCCUGUGGGAGCCCAGCCUGGUCUUUACUUUUGCCUCCUUCGACGGGAUAUUUGGCCUGGGCUUUCCCAUUCUGGCCGUGGACAGAGUUCCACCCCCACUGGAUGUCCUGGUGGAGAAGGGACUGCUGGAGAAGCCUGUCUUCUCCUUCUACCUCAACAGGGACUUCGCAGGCGCUGAUGGAGGCCAGCUGGUCCUGGGCGGCGCAGACCCCGCCCACUACGUCGCGCCCCUCACCUUCCUGCCGGUCACCGUCCCAGCCUACUGGCAGAUCCACAUGGACCAAGUGAAGGUGGGCACAGGGCUGACUCUCUGUGUCCAGGGCUGUGCGGCCAUUUUCGACACAGGCACGUCCCUCAUCACGGGACCCUCUGAGGAGAUCCGGGCCCUGCACAGGGCCAUUGGGGCCCUUCCCUGGCUGACUGGCGAGCAUUUCAUUCUGUGCUCCAAAAUCCCAACGCUACCCCCAGUCUCCUUCCUCCUCGGGGGUGUCUGGUUUAACCUCACGGCCCAGGACUACGUCAUGCAGAUUUCUCUGGGUGGCUUCCGCCUCUGCUUGUCCGGCUUCCAGGCCUUGGAUAUGCCUCCGCCUGCAGGACCCCUCUGGAUCUUCGGCGACGUCUUCUUAGGGGCCUACGUGGCGGUCUUUGACCGCGGGAGCACGAGCAGCGGAGCCCGAGUGGGCCUGGCGCGCGCUCGCGUUCCCCGAACAGAGCAGAGAGGGGGCGGGACCGCGCGGGCGCAAUUCUCCGAUUGAUGCCCCAGCGAGACACACGUGCACCACGGGAUCGCGGAGGUUCAACAUCCAGGGAAAGAUCCGAGAUUCCCAUUGAAUUCAUCUACCUG